UGUCUCAGGAAGUGGGGAGCGGCCGCCCACAAAACAUGGAGGACUGAGAAGAAUAACAGGGAAGAAGACGGGAGCUCGCCAUGGUGAAGGCGUCCAACUGUUCCUUGGAUGGGGGGAAUUUCCCCCUGUCCUCAGAGUUCUUCCAAGUGAUAAAGAAGGACCUGUGGAUAUUCCUCAUCCCCGUACUGGUCGGGUUCGUUCAGCUGGCUUUAUUCCUGGAGGAGAUGGGAUUUUUCCUGCGGAAUAUUCGGAGCACGCGGAGGACCUGCCUGUACCUGUGGAUUCUGGGAGUAUAUCCGGUGUUCUGUGUCUCCUCCAUUAUAGGGAUGUACAUCCCCCGCUCCUCUUCAAUCUGUAACUUUGUGGCUUCCAUAUAUCACUCCAUUACACUCUGGAAAUUCUUGGACCUGAUAACCGAUUUCUUUGGUGGUAAAGCAAGAAUGUUAGAAGAACUGGGGGGUCAGACUGUCUCCCCGAACCCGCCACCGUGCUGCUGCUGCUGUUGUUUCCCCAACAUUAUAGUGAACAGGAGCAAUCUGCGGUGGAUGAAUAUUGCCGUGUACCAGCUGUCGGCGGUGCGGACCCUUCUGUUUUUCAUGGGCCUCACUCUAUGGGCUGAUGAGAAGUACGACUACGGGGAUCUGGAAUACACCAACCCCAACUCCUACAUCAACAUCAUCAUCACCCUGUCCACGUUCCUCUCCUUCUACGGCUAUCUGCUGUUCUACAAAGCCACAAAGAAAUCCUUGGAGGGUUACAGCCCGAGAUCCAAGUUCAUCUGCAUCACUCUGGUGCUCAUCUUGUGCGGAGUGCAGAACGGGAUCCUGGAGACCAUGGCAGCCCUGGGAGCCAUUCCUUGUGUACCGCCCUUCACGGUGGAGACACGCUCACAGACCAUCUACAAUUAUUCCGUUACCAUGGAGAUGUUUUUCAUCAGUCUCUUUGCCCGUUAUUGUUUCCGGAGAGUGGAGCCGUGUACGGAAAGGGACUCUAUGACCCGGGAGGAGAUGCAAAACAAGUCCUCUCAGACCAACCUUGCGGACAUGAGCAGCCUCUUCGAGGAGUACGGAAUGGGCGUCAACGCUGGUUACAUGAGCGAGGGCGACGAGACUCUCUGCCACAUUGAGCACGCGCCGCUGGAUAAGUACGACUUCCUGCAGGAGAGCAGCGUGGUUCUGCCCCGGCGAAGCACCGCCAAACCUCAGUCCCGGAGCACAGGUAUCGAAAUGAGAAGCAUGAACUUGACUCCUCCAGAAACCUAUGAAGUUGCAACUCCGACAACAUCGGCCAAGGGUGGACUACAAGUACAAGCACAGAUUAAUUAUAUUGGUAUCAAUGAUGCAACAGUGGUUUGACCCCGCAGGACUGAGGGCCACAUGAGAUUGCUGCGACUGCAACCCCUUGAGAGACAAGAUGGCUCAUCAUAAACUGCAACGGGCAGCGCGACAUUUGUAAUCUUAAAAGGAGUUGUCCAGCCUUUACUAAGUAAUUGCCUAUCCGCAGGAUCGGCGAGGGUCCAAAACCCCUCACCCAGUGAGAGCAGUGCUACAUAGUUGAUGGUGCUACACCCGAACACCAUUAUCGACAAGGGUGCAGGGUGUCGGACCCCCGCAGAUCAGCUAGUGAUGGCCUACUCUGAGGAUAGGCCACCACUUUAGUAAAGGCUGGAAAAUCCCUUUAAUGUUGUGUGGUCACAAGUCACCAUGUAGCCCUACCCUUAUUCCCUGUGCAAGGUGGCACAGAUAUUGCGGUAAAUUGGCAGUCUAUGCAAUGGAGCCCUCCUGGGUCAUGGUUGUUACAAAUUCUACUUAGACUUUAACUUAGCAGCUUCCCAGGACUCCUACAUGUCAAGUCUGCUGAGUUAUGCCAAUAAAUAUCCCCCCCCCCCCCCGUAAUAAAGCUCA